CUUCCAGAGUGUCAUCACUGCUCAGCCAACAUUCAGGAUGGCAACGAAACCAAAUCUAGCCGCCGUAUUGUACGGUCCAAACGAUCUGCGACUAGAGAAACGUCCCAUUCUGGAACCGGCCUUCAACGAAGUUCUGCUCGAAGUGGACACCUGUGGCAUUUGUGGAACCGAUGUUCACUUCCUGAAGGAGGGUGGAUUCGGUGCCCAAAUGCUGAUCAAACCGAUCGUGCUGGGGCACGAGUCCUCCGGUAUUGUGCGAAAGCUCGGUAGCCAGGUGACUGAUUUGAAGGUUGGUGAUCGCGUCGCGAUCGAGCCAGCUGCCGGAUGCAGGACGUGUGAUCUGUGCAAAGUCGGCAAAUACAACGUCUGUCUGAAUGGUAAACACUGUCCCACGCAGAAGCACGACGGAAAUUGUUCCAAUUAUUUCACACACUACGCCGAUUGCUGCUUCAAGCUACCGGACAAUGUAUCAAUGGAGGAAGGGGCAAUGCUGGAGCCGCUUGCGGUUGCGAUCUACGCGGCGCGUAAAAUCGAAGUUGGUUUGGGAAGCAAAGUUCUUAUUUUCGGAGCUGGUCCAAUUGGGUUGAUGUGUUUGAUCGCGGCAAAAGCAAUGGGAGCUACUCGAACAGUGGUGCUGGAUCUCGCGCGGGUUAAGCAUCGUCUGGAUAUGGCCAAGAAGCUGGGAGCUACCGAAGUGAUCGCGAUCGGCAAGGAUGACAAGGAGGAUGAUUUGGUCAAGAAGAUACAUAUGAUCUUGGGUGCUCCAGCUGAUCGUGUAUUGGAGUGUACGGGUUCACAGCCAGGAAUGAGGAUUUCUAUCAAGAGUACAAGGAAUGCAGGGAAAAUUUGUCUGGUUGGAUUGGGCAACGAUGACGUGACGUUGCCGAUGGUGGAUGCAAUUUCUAGGGAGAUCGAUAUUAUGACCGCAAUGAGAUAUAAUCAUGAUUUUCCUGCCGCAGUAGAGACCGUAGCCAAUGGUUUGGUUAACUUGAAACCGCUUGUUUCGCAUCACUUUGAUCUGAAGGAUGUUCUGGAGGCAUUCCGCGUUGCCAGCCAGAGUGAGGGGAACAAAAUAAUGGUCCAUCUUGUUCCAAGGGACACUAACAAUAAGAAAAAGUUUGUGAAUUAGAUCUUUCAAUAAUUGCUGAACGUGUUAUAUUGAAAUAUAAAGUUUGAAAGGUUGGACGAAGUUUAGUAAAAAGA